UACCGGCCCGAAGCAGCCAUGGCCGAGCACCUGGAGCUGCUGGCAGAAAUGCCGGCGGUUGGCAGGAUGAGCACGCAGGAGCGCCUGAAACACGCCCAGAAGCGCCGGACGCAGCAGCUGAAGAAAUGGGCACAGUUUGAGAAGGAGGCGCAGGGCAAGAAAGCCAGGGCGGAAAAGAGGAGGAAGAGCAGCAGCAGCAGCAAGGAGAAGCGAGUGAUGUUCCCGUCCAGCGUCCAGCUGCUGGAGGCGGCCGCUCGGAACGACAUUGAGGAAGUAAGAAGAAUUUGACCAGGGCAUCAUCUUCUGAAACAAAAGUAGACGUUGGAGGGGUUUGAACAAAACGGGAUCUGAAAGCUCGCUCCUUCUCUGGAGCGUGCCGAUGUGCCGAUGGUCAGGCUGGACGCCGUGCCGUGGAAAGGCGGCGGUGCAGGGCUCAGCUCCG